CAUCGUAUUAGUGUGAAGGGGGAGAGUCCGUCAGUCACUGGUAGCUUGUGAGGGUGGACGGACGCGUGCCGCUUAUGUACAGGCUGUCAUGGCUCUCUUUACCACCUGGAGUUUUGUGGUGAUGGUGACGUGUGUGGCGAUUUCUAGGGCGGGUGUUUUGCCCAUAAAGAAAGAGACCAAAACAGGAUAUAGUCUUCUCGCUGGUGGCCAUUUAUACGGCUCUUCUGGCACCUACAACUCCUACUUCGACCCGGAAUACUACAGGGACGAGUGCGAGAGCCAACUCCUUACGUGCGUCCCGAGAGCAAAUUGCUACGUAGAUACACCGGAUCAUAGCGGGGAAGGUCACUUAUGUCCAGUAAAUUUCGUAAGUCAUUCAGGUUACUGUAUUUUCCUGAGCAAAGGUGGGAAGGUGAGAGAGCGUUCCCAGGCGCAGGUGCACGACUACUGCAGGCGCCUCGGGACAAGACCAUUUUACUUUCAGAGUACUGAAGAAUGGGAAGAGUUUUUAUCUUCUGUGAAAAGUAAAAAAAUUGAGAUGGCAGUUGACAAGACGUACUGGACGGACGCGCACUGGGACGAUGAAGACCAUCGGUGGGAAUGGCGCUCCACCAAUGAAGAGAUUGAGUGGGAAAAGAUUAUUAGAGGAACAAAUUGCUACAAAGAAAACAAGGAAGCUAUUGAACACGAGGAAGGUUGUUUGAGUAUGUCUUACGAUGUGAAGGCUAACUGUCUGAGGCUACGCAAGAUCGACUGUCUGAUAAACUUGCCCCUUAUUUGUAAAGCUGGUAAGCACAAGACCCGGUGUGCUGAGAAUAAGGAAACGGUAUGCUGCUUCUCCCCGACCUACGAGUACUUUAAUCUCAACAAAUACGGUGGUCCCGGGUCUCAAGGCGUGCACGCUCCCGCUAAGAGCGAAUGCUGGGUACUCCUGCAGGGGCUCGCCCGGGUGGUAGAAUGUCGCCAAGCCCUGAACACACUGGGGAGUCUACGGCCACUUCCUCAACCUGUCAGGAUAGAAUCGUCUUACUUCUACUUCACUACUGGAAGGUGUCUGGGCGAGCGUAGGGCAGUAGUUUGGAGCAGGGAGGUUCACGACUUCAUCGUCCGCUACAUGAUGACAGAAGAGGUGGCAAUGGCCCAUACGAGCUUCAUUAUCGGUCUACGCUACGAACCUGAAGAUGACCAAUUCCGUUGGGAAGAUGGUAAGCUUGACAACUUUUAUACGGAAACCUUCUGGGCGGACGGACAACCCGAUAAGAAGAGUGGCGCCGACUUGUACAGCUGCGUUGCCUACAAGAACACUGGCAUAAACGCCUACUCCUGGCACUUGAUGCCCUCAAAAUCGUGUUUAGGAGACUACACAAUGAAUGUCUGCGAACUGCCAAUAAGAGCGACAAGCGUACUGCCUACAGAGAAGAAACUGCAGUGUGGUCAAAGGCUAGAACGAGGAGUGUUGGCAAGAGGGGCGUUACACAUAGAUACAGAAAAUUAUAACGAAGCUUUGUAUGGAGAAUUUCCCUGGCACGCAGCAGUGGUGCAACCCAAGAACACAGACAGAGGUGUAGUGAUGUUUUUCGCUUGCUCCGGGGCGCUCAUCCACCCAGAGUUCGUCCUUACGUCAGCCCACUGCGUCGUCUAUAGCUCGGGAGACUUUGCGGUUUCGCUGGGAGAGUGGGACCUGUCUGAAGGGGCAACGAACGUCUUAAAAACAGUGUUGGUGACUGUGAAUGACGUGAUUACCCAUCCAGGUUACAGGGUUACUGCAUCGAUGAAGCACGAUAUAGCAUUGCUACACUUGGCGGAGUCUGUACAGGUGAAUGCCCACCCGCAGCUGGGGCUAGGCUGCCUCCCCUUCCCUACACUCUUCUUCCAACAGAGCGGCGCCUGGGAGUGCUUCACUGUCGGCUGGCCUGACAAGUUCAGACGGAAAGGCUACAGCCUGCUCUAUAAUACAGCUUACAGCAAGCGACGUGAGGAUACGAGGAUCCUGGAGCGCAUAGAAUCUGAAUUUAUGGAAAGGAGGCAGUGUCGCAGUUUGACUCGUGACUACUACAGAAUCCUGAGCUCGAAUAAGCAAGAAGAGUAUGCCUAUGACAAAAAAUAUGGGUAUCAUCAUUCUACCUAUGAGCAGCAUGGUUAUUUUGACUUGAAAGAGCCAGAGCUGAUCUGCACAGUACCAUACGGCUCUAACUACUGUUUGGAUGACCUCACGCCAAUCCUAAUGUGUCGGCAAGCUACAAUUUACACAGACGACCCGUUCUCCUUAAAUGAUAUAGACCGAGGAAUCCCGAAUUUCAUUAGUUCCUUUAACUCGAGGAUAGUAAAUGCUCUUGGGAAAGACAGGUUUGACAGUGAGAAGUGGUAUGUAAUGGGUAUAGGCCACAACUUGAACCAGUGUAAUGAAGAAGGCAGAGGGAGGAAUUUCCAAGUGUUCACACCAGUCCAUGAAUACCUCUCCUUCAUCCACUCGCAUCUUGAUGUCCAAUACAGCGGCCAUUCUCGUAAAGUUUAAGAUGUAGAUCUUGCUACGUAGAUUAGUGAAUGUAGAUAACAUUUUAUUAAAAUGUUGAAAGUAAA